AUGAUUAAAUCAUUAAUUUGUGAGGAUUAUAUUGGAAAAAAUAAAUUGAGAAAUUUAAAAGAAUUAUAUGCAAAUAGUGUAGUUAAAGAUAACGAAAAAAAAGAUCUUUAUCUGGUUCUUUCGAAUAAUAUUUGGAAUUUAAAUUUAUUAUAUAAUGAAGGAUUCAAAUCUGUUGAUUCAUUAUGUCGAUUCAUUUCUUUACAAAAAAAUUUGAAACAUAUUAUAUUAUCGGAAUACGUAUGUGAAUUUGAACGUGGAUAUCGUGAUUAUAAUUCCGUUUUUAAUUCAUUAUCUACACAAUGUGAAAGUUUACAGAUAUUAGAAUUUAAAUAUUUAACAUUUAAUGAAAAUUCUUUAGGAUCUUUAUGUUUACUUAAAAAUAUUAAAGAAUUAAAAAUAUAUGAAUGUAAAGGAAUAGAGGAUAAUUUAAUCUCUUGGGCAAAAAAUCUAUCAAAACUUGAAGUAUUCGAAUUUGUUAAAUGUUAUAAUUCAAUUGUUUCAGAAGAAUUUUUAAUUCAAUUAAUUGAAACAUCCUCAAAUACAUUAUUAAAAUUAAUUAUAAGUUAUAAAAGAAAAGGAAAACAACUCACACAAUUAUAUAAACAUAUAUCAAUUUAUUCAAAUUCUUUAAUAUAUUUAGACCUUCCCAAAAUUUAUCCGGAUGAAUUAAUUAAAAUAUUUGAAUCAUGUAUUAAAUUAGUUUAUAUUUGUACAAUUUUAUCAGAUGACGGAGAUUGGGAAAUGAGUUUUAGAAAUUUAGGAAAAUUUAUUCCAAAAAAUUUACAAAAAAUUAUAUUUAAAGAGAUUAACGCUUAUAUUUUAAGUGGCAAGGCAUUAAAAUGUUUCUUUGAAGAUUGCAGAAAUAAUAAUGGAAAUUUAAAAUAUUUAGAAAUAAAAGGAAAGUUUAUUUUUGGUCAACAUUAUUUUGAUAUUGCUAAAGAAUUUGAUAUAGAAUUAAAAAUUCAAACUUUCAAGUCACCAUAG